AAUCAUCAAGUUCUCUAAUCUUCAUGCUUAAUUAGAACAACAACCAUGUCUCCUCCUCUUCUAAUAUCCAUCUCCUUCUUGUUGCUUAUUCAUCUGACAUCCACGCAGGCUUCAUCAUCUGUUCAGAUGGCGAAGCCCGGCUGUCAGAAAAAAUGCGGAAACCUAACCAUACCUUAUCCGUUCGGGAUCGGAAAAGGCUGCUACCUCGACGACGAGUUCGAGGUCACAUGCAACAAGUCCACUCAUCUCGCAUCUUUGUCGUUGGUCGGAGGAUUAAUAUUAAACAUAUACGACAUCUCCACAGAAUACGUCUCCAUCGAAGCCGUUAACUUGCCGUUUCUGUUCAACCGAUCCACCGGAGAAAACCUCGACGGAUCUCUCCUCGGCAGCGACCUCCUACCCAGUAAACACUACAACUUUUCCUCCGCGAAGAACAAGCUGGUCGCCAUGGGCUGCGAUGUUUUCGCGUACAUUAAAGACCGGAGCAGCGGCGAAGUCAUAAGCGAGUGCGCGUCGUUCUGCAGAGACCACGACAACUCGAGUCCUCUUGGGCCUACAUCUUGCUCUAGCGGUCGUGGCGGCUGCUGCCAGUCGCUUAACAUUUCGGGGCCGAUGACGAAUUUCAGCGCGAUGAUGCACACGAUGAACACCUUGGAUAGGUCUUGGGUGGGGAGAGGGUGCAACUUUCUUCUCAUUGUGGACAGGGAUUUCUCCGACUAUGGGAGAAUCAACGUCUCCGACUGUGACCGGAGUUACAAGCUGCCGAUGGUGCUGGAUUGGACGGUAUCGGAUCGGAGCUGCGGCGAAGCAGGAACGACGACGAUCUGCGGUUUCAACAGUGAUUGUGUGAACCGUAGUGGAAGACGAGGGUAUUCUUGUCAUUGCAAGGCGGGGUACGAGGGCAACCCAUAUCUUCAAAGUGGAUGUCAAGAUAUCAAUGAGUGUGAAGGGAGAGAUGGCGCAAAGCACAAUUGCUCCAAGAAUGCUUACUGCGUUAACACUCCGGGCAGCUAUUCUUGCAACUGCCUUUCAGGCUAUCACGACACCACCGACGGAUGCAUACUUGACCAACAUAGACGCACCUGGAUUUUGUACCUAUGUUUAGGUAUUGGACUCUCCAUUGGUUUUCUGGCAAUGAUAGUUCUUGGCUUUUGGCUCCACAAAGAACUAAAGAGGAGGAAACAAGCAAAAGUAAAGAAAGAAUUCUUCAGGAAGAAUGGUGGGUUGUUGUUGGAGCAACAGAUAUCUUUCAACAAAGGGAGUGUAGCAGAUACCCAAGUGUUUACCAUUGACGAACUGGAAAAAGCAACUGAUAAUUUCAAUGUCGGUCGAAUUCUGGGUAAAGGAGGACUUGGUACCGUAUACAAAGGAAUGUUGUCGGAUGGAAGCAUAGUGGCCUUAAAGAAGCCAAACCAAUUGGAUGAGAAUCAGAUAGAUCAGUUCAUUAAUGAAAUCUUCAUCCUCUCUCAAAUCAACCACAGAAACAUUGUUAAAGUCCUAGGUUGUUGCUUGGAGGUGCAAAUUCCAAUGGUUGUCUAUGAAUACGUACCUAAUGGUAACCUGUCGUACUACCUUCAUGGUCGUGGCCAUACUGAUCAGAAGAGAAGCCUAUCAUGGAUGGAUCGCCACCGAAUCGCCACAGAAGUUGCAGGCGCACUUGCAUACCUACAUUCGUGCGCUUCGAUGGCGAUCUUCCACAGAGACAUUAAGUCGAGCAACAUCUUACUGGACGAAAAUUUCAGGGCGGUGGUGUCCGACUUCGGGCUAUCGAAGUCGGUGCCCGUGGACAAGACCCACCUAACUACAACAGUAGGAGGAACAUUCGGUUAUCUCGACCCAGAAUACUUUAGGUCGGGCCAACUCAACGACAAGAGCGACGUUUACGGCUUCGGGGUCGUCCUGGCCGAGCUCCUGACAGGCCGGAAGGUUAUCCCGACGGAUAAAAACGAUGAAUGUCUGGUGAGCCGGUUUGUGUCACUGACAAAACAGGACCGGGCGUUUGAAAUCUUGGAUAAGCAGAUUGUGGAGGAAGGUGAAGAGGAAGAGAUCAUGGCGGUGGUUAAGAUCGCGAGGAAAUGUCUGAAAUGGAGCUCGAGAAAACGGCCGGGCAUGAAGGAAGUUGCGGCGGAGCUUGAUCGGUUGAGGAAGACGAUGGGAAAGGGUGGUGAAGUUACUCCGGUCCGGAGCAUGGGAGAUGAUUACUGCUCAUUUAACUAUUCUUUUGAGACUUGUGCCGCCAUGGAUGAUAGCACUCAAGAAUCAAUAUACAGUGUAGAUGCUGCUUCCAGCUUCUUGAAGUAAAAAUAUGUAUGUAUGUAUAUGUAUCCUCUAAUCUCUAUAUUUUCCACUUUU